GAUACCUCAGUUGAUUGCUCGCAUUGACACCAGGCAGCUCGUCGGGCGUCUCAUCCAAGAAUUGCUUAUUGAUAUUGGAAAACAUCAUCCUCAGGCUUUAAUCUACCCUCUGACUGUUGCAUCCAAGUCUCAGAGCUCCGCUAGACACAAUGCCGCCAACAAGGUGCUUAAUAACAUGUGUGAACACAGUAAUACACUGGUACAACAGGCUAUGAUGGUAAGUGAGGAGUUGAUACGAGUAGCUAUCCUAUGGCAUGAGCUAUGGCACGAGGGUCUGGAAGAAGCGUCAAGACUCUACUUUGGCGAGAGGAACGUCAAAGGGAUGUUUGCAGUCCUGGAACCGCUCCAUGCCAUGAUGGAACGUGGACCACAGACCAUGAAGGAAACCUCAUUCAAUCAGGCAUAUGGUCGAGACCUGAUGGAAGCACAGGAGUGGUGUAAGAAGUAUACAAGAUCUAGGAAUGUGAAGGAUUUGACACAGGCAUGGGAUCUCUAUUAUCACGUCUUCAGAAGGAUUUCUAAACAAUUACCACAGCUCACCCAGCUAGAGCUCCAGCUUGUGUCUCCCAAACUCCUGAUGUGUCGAGACCUGGAGCUAGCUGUUCCAGGAACCUACGACCCCAACCGACCUGUCGCUAAGAUCCAGAGGGUCCAGUCAACGCUGCAAGUCAUCACAUCCAAACAGCGCCCUCGCAAGUUGAGCAUAUUUGGAAGUGAUGGUGCAGAGUUCAUGUACCUGUUGAAAGGUCAUGAAGACCUCAGGCAAGAUGAGAGGGUGAUGCAGCUCUUUGGUCUAGUCAACACCCUACUGGCUAACAACCCUGAUACUUUCAGAAGACAUCUCAAUAUUCAGAGGUAUGCAGCGAUUCCCCUCUCCACAAACUCUGGUCUUAUUGGUUGGGUGCGCCAUUGUGACACACUUCAUACACUCAUCAGGGAUUACAGGGACAAGAAGAAGAUCCUAUUAAACAUUGAACAUCGCAUCAUGUUGAGGAUGGCGCCAGACUAUGAGCACUUGACGUUGAUGCAGAAGGUUGAGGUAUUUGAGCAUGCUUUGGAUUACACCCAGGGUGAUGAUCUGGCUAAGCUGCUAUGGCUCAAGAGUCCUAGCUCAGAGGUUUGGUUUGAGAGAAGGACCAACUACACAAGAUCUCUUGCAGUCAUGUCAAUGGUAGGAUAUAUCCUUGGUCUAGGAGAUAGGCAUCCGUCUAACUUGAUGUUAGAUAGGUUAACAGGCAAGAUUAUCCACAUUGAUUUUGGAGAUUGCUUUGAGGUUGCAAUGACAAGAGAGAAGUUUCCUGAAAAGAUUCCUUUCAGAUUAACCAGGAUGCUCAUCAAUGCUAUGGAGGUGACUGGGAUUGAUGGCAACUACCGCAUCACAUGUGAGAGCGUAAUGCAGGUGCUUAGAGAGCACAAGGAUAGCAUCAUGGCCGUACUGGAAGCAUUCGUAUAUGACCCUCUCCUAAACUGGAGAUUGAUGGAUACUCCAAAAGGAAAGAGAUCCAAGGCCAGAUCAGGAGCAUAUUCUACCAGCCAAUCAGACCUACUUGAUGAAAUGGAUCUUGAGAUCCCCAAACAGAAGAAGGCUGCUGGUCAAGCUGAGUCUGUACAAUCCCAGGAUGGGGAGCCUGGAGUCCAACCCGAGGCAUUAAACAAGAAAGCCAUUUCCAUCAUCAACCGAGUGAAAGAUAAACUCACAGGAUGUGACUUCUCAACCAACGAUCCCGUAGAUGUUCCCACACAGGUAGAGCUGUUAAUCCAACAGGCCACAUCUCAUGAGAAUCUAUGCCAGUGCUACAUUGGAUGGUGUCCAUUCUGGUGAUAUGCAUUUGAAGAAAAAGAGGAGUUAUGAUCACGUGCGAGAAGAACAAAUCCUUCUGCCCCGUUACAUAACAUUUUCACAGGUCAAAGGUAAUGCACCUCUAUUGCACCGUGUAUGACUAGCUGUAAGUGUUGUAGAGCUUCAGUCUGUGGCACAGCAAUUAGUGCUUAACUGUAAAAAUUACUUAUAAAAACACUAAAACACACAAUAUGUGCAGUUAGCAUAACCCAAUUCAAUGUUCUUGUGACCUCAGAAAUCUAUAUACCUUCUGAGAAAUUCAAAGACGUAAAUUAAUCAUGGUACAUGUAGCAUAAUCAAGUUUGAAAAAUAUGUUUGACAGAGGUGAUUAUUGACGUAUCGAUGGUCAACUAUGUAGACAUUUUAUGGAAUUUUAAUUCAUUUUUCAUGCAUGCACAUGGUUGCAGGGCCCACAGCAAAAAAAUUUCAUUACCGAAUCGACCGCCUUGUGUAGAAUAGAUAUUAUAUGACAGAAUUUCUUCUAAAAAAAGAGGAAAGAUAAACUAAUUUUGUGGACUUCAUGGAAAUAUGUCAUGUAUUUCUUUGUCCUGUGUAUUAUGGAACCAAAGACUGGGAUCGUGUUUAAAAAAGGGUUUUGUUAACCAUGGAGUGAUGGCAAUUUACUCUGAAUAUCUAAUGAAAACAAUGAUUUCAAAAUCAAUACAAAGAGAAUUUUCUUUUUUGUGAAAAGAAAAGAUUACUCGUGAAUGUUGAAAAUAAUGUACAUGUAUCUGCAACUUAUAAAAUGUUGAGAUUUAUUAAAUGGACUCAUGUUCAAAGGCAAAUCAUGUGGAUGAUAAAAUGCAUUAAAGGAUGGAGAAAUGCAUUCUGGGAGGAUAUAAAUGCAUUAUGGGAUUGAAGGGGAGGAGGGGGCUUCUGGGCUUAAAAGAAAAAAAGACUUUUGUAAAAUAAUAUUUUUUUUUCAAUCACAUCCUUCAAACAUCUUAAAUUUUGGCAUUGACCAGAUUUUCUCAAUUAUUGUAGAAAGCAAGCAGCAUUUUUUAAUUUAAUUAUUACUAGUAUCCAUGGCAACUCUCUGCAACAGGAUUGCUUGUGAGAAAUGUGCAAUCUACUUAUAUGUCAUUGUUCGGAAAGAGCAUCGGAAAGAGAAACAUGUAGUUCUUGUGAAAAAGUCACAAAUGUAGCAUCAUACAUUUCAUCUUUACAUGUAGCAAAGUGAAUAUGUACAGUAUUAUGAUAUCACAUACAUGUACAGACAAAGGUCGGGAAUAUCAAUGAGCUGUAUGGAAGUGAAUGUUUAGAGGGGCGUUGCCUUGUGUCUAAACAUUGGCCUGCCCCUUCGAUACUUGGUGUGCUGGCCUUAUCCUGAAAUAAGUCACCUCUCUUCUCGUGUGUGUGUGCGCUCAUUGUGUACAAAGUCAAAGGGAGAUGAAAGAAGUCACCGCCGCUGACGAAAUGAACGGCAGUGAAUGGAGUGGUGACUUAAACCAGGAUAAUGCCGGUGUGCUCAGAGCUCUCAGAUGUCUGUGACGUCACAUGAUGGCUCUCUUGCAACCGUGCAUCAGUUAUGUAUAUCAUUGUGUGUUAUAAGCCAGUACAAGCUAUUUUCAAGCAAUGUUUAGCUCUCAUUGGGUUAGGUUCAAAUUCAUCAAACCAUAUGAAAUAUAAUUAUGCUGUUAAAACAUGAUUGUAGCUUUGAAAUUUUCUGAAUUUGAGAUUGUUAUCCAAGGGAGCUGUCAUGUUCAGCAUCAAAACAUGACAACAAUUGAAUUACAGUCCCAUUUUUAAAAUCUUGAACUUCUUAAGAAUGUUGCUGAAAUAUCAAAAUGAAACAUGUGAAUUCAUUUUUCUUUUAUGCUUUCAUGAUGGAAUGAAUUGAUUGGCCAAUGUGUAUAUCUUUAUUGAGCAAUGAAUAAAAUAUGGCAUAUACCCCAAA